GCAGCGCGGAGAGAGGACAUCGGCGAGCGCCUGCCUGCGCGCACGGCUCUGCUCCCGCCGCGCCGCCGGGACCUCCCGUCCCGUUCCGUGCCGUCCUGCCGGCGCUCAGCUGCCGACUGAGCCAUUUACACAUCCUUAUUAUUAAUUUUGUUAUCUCUUUUUUGUUGUUUUUUUUUUUUACUUUUUUUUUAACCUUUCCCCCCCCCCCUUAUUACCUCCCAAAGCCUUUUUUAUUAUUUUUUUCCCCUCUUCGCGGCGAGCGUUGGGAGGCGAAAGGCAAGAGCCGAAGAGGUCGGGAGGGAGAAAGGGGCGGGGAGACGGCGAGGGAGCGGCGGGUGUCGGUGUGGGAAGGCGGGGACGCGGCUCCCCCGGCCCGACCUCGGACCAUGUAUCAGGACUACCCCGGGAACUUCGACACCUCCUCCAGAGGCAGCAGCGGCUCCCCAGGACACCCCGAGACCUACUCGAGCGGCGCAGCCCAGCAGAAAUUUCGAGUAGAUAUGCCAGGAUCAGGCAGUGCUUUUAUCCCUACGAUCAACGCCAUCACAACCAGCCAAGACCUGCAGUGGAUGGUCCAGCCCACCGUCAUCACCUCCAUGUCAAGCCCUUACUCUCGUUCGCACCCCUACAGCCACCCGCUGCCCCCGCUCUCUUCAGUGGCCGGACACACAGCCCUUCAGCGUCCUGGUGUCAUCAAAACCAUCGGGACAACAGUGGGACGGAGACGAAGAGACGAGCAGCUGUCGCCUGAGGAAGAAGAGAAGCGAAGGAUCCGGAGAGAGAGGAACAAAUUGGCAGCUGCUAAGUGUCGUAACAGGCGUCGAGAGCUAACAGAGAAACUCCAGGCGGAAACUGAAGUGCUAGAGGAGGAGAAGUCAGUGCUGCAAAAGGAGAUUGCUGAGCUCCAGAAGGAGAAGGAGAAGCUGGAGUUUAUGCUGGUGGCUCACAGCCCUGUGUGCAAAAUCAGCCCCGAGGAACGUCGGAGCCCACCAUCGAGCAGCCUCCAGAGCGUUCGGACUGGAACAAGUGGAGCAGUGGUGGUGAAGCAGGAGCCUGUGGAAGAAGAGAUCCCAUCUUCCUCUUUAGUCCUUGACAAAGCCCAGAGGUCUGUCAUUAAGCCCAUCAGCAUUGCUGGAGGUUUUUAUGGGGAGGAGGCACUCAACACUCCCAUCGUGGUGACCUCAACACCAGCCAUCACUCCUGGCUCCUCCAACUUGGUGUUCACCUACCCCAACGUGUUAGAUCAGGAGUCUCCUCUCUCCCCUUCUGAGUCCUGCUCCAAAGCUCACCGGAGGAGCAGCAGCAGCGGGGACCAGUCCUCAGAUUCCUUGAACUCUCCCACCUUGCUGGCAUUGUAAUCCCCCUGCAGUCCCCCAUUUUGCCAGUGUGUUACAUCCACCCACAAUACCAUGGGGGAGCCCCCCUCCAUGGGAUUAGAGACAGGCACAGGAUCGUUCAAGCACAAGGGCAGCAAGAACAAGGAUGGGGAAGUGCUACAGCUCCAGGAAAGAGAGCGAGGACCAACACCAGCUCCCUGGAGGCAGGCAACGGCAAGGGUGGGACUGACAUGCCAGGACUGUUUGGAGAGGGUGAUGUUCCCUCUGUAGGGACUGCCUAUGAAAACCUCUUUGUGGCCAUAGUGGACUUGAGGAGCACUCCUGGGUGGGACUGAAGGCGAGCUGCAGACAGUUGCUAGUCAUCCCUUUCCUUUGUGGAUUGAUCUGAUCAGUUGUGCUCUGUGCUUAAAUCAUUCUGGUUAGUUGAUCUUACAGCUUCUCUCUUGCCCUCUCUCUCUCUCUCUCUCUCUGCUUAUCAUUUCCAAUGUUGUCGAUCCCAUUACAUUUCAUCCAGUUGCUCUGAACUCUAAAGGCUUGUUAGGAUCUUUCCUCUUGGGAGUGGCUGCAGGAAACACGUAGGUUGCCCUGACAGGAGGGGGACAGCUGGGAGGAUGGGGAGAGAGGGGGACCAAGAGGAGCCCAAGAGCUCAGCAGCAAGGGCAGAGCUUGUAAUCUCUAGCCUGGGGCACAGAGACAGCAGGAGGCUCAUAUGGAAGCCUUUCUCUUUUAAAAUGUAGAUAUGUUUGUCUCCUUGGGCUCCUCAAAAAAACAAGUUAGCAUCUCAGGGCCAAAGUAGCAUCAAAAGCUGCUGGGCUGGCACUUACCAGUGUUUUUGGCAGGGUUUUACCCUGGUUUGCUGGAUAUCACGUCUGCUGCUUGUUGUUUACUUUUCUUGGGCUACCCAGUGUCUAGGGAGUAUUGCAUCUUCCUUCCCAUCAGAGCUCCUGACUCAGAGGCUGAUCUCUUUCUGUUAGUAAAUUCUCCCCUCCCCUUGGGCAUAUUUGCAGAACAUACUACCGAAAAAGAGGGGGCACCACGUGUCUGUAAAUCUAGGAUGGAGACAGGCAGCAGCUAAGGGGGUGAAACUAGCUGGUUGUACCCUUGCUGACUUUUUUCUUGUUGGGAAACAAAGCAGCAUGCAUCCACCAGCUCUUACUGGUAGGUAUUGUUUGCUCAGAGAUUCCCAAUUCCGAGGUUGAGGGGAAGGUGGGGGUCCAACCUCCAGCACAGCACAGGCCACAAGGCACUCCUGACCAGGCAGGAGUGGCAUGUUUGAAGUGUUGACCUCUUUGAACUAGAAGAGAGCUGUAUUAGCCAUAAACUCUGGCAAAUGAUAAAUUGACAGCAGAGGAAAAUUGAUUAGCGUUAUUUGCACCUCAGUCUUUGGCCUCUUUUUUUUUUUUUUUUUUUUUUUUUUUUUUUUUGCAUUGUAAUUGAUCUGGGUUUUUUUGGUGUUGAUUGGCCUGAAGACAAAAAAACAAAGCAGAGGGCUCUUCCCGUAGCCCUGGGUCCUUGUCUUCUCCAGCCUUAGGGCUUGGCUGCUAUUAUUAAGUGCUCACAGAGGGCACAAGCUCUCCAGUGCUGAUGUUCACUACUGAAAACAGUAACGUGUGUAACCUAUUCCUACUUGGGGCCAAGCUCAAUCCCUAUUGAUGUCAAGGCACUGACAAACCGUGACCCUGUGCACACUAGGAUUGCCCAGCUUGCCAGCUAAGCCACUUGGGGGAUGGCUCUUUGGUCCUGCCUGUUGAAGCUGUGGUGGCAGCUAUUUAUUUUGGUGUGAUAUUUUCUUGUUCUUUUAUAUAUUUUUUCUUUUUUUUUUUAAGUCAACUGAAACCAGGGUAUUUCUUGGUCAGGCUGGACCUGGAGAAAUGCAAUACACAGUUAUAGGGCCAGUCCUAUGAGAUGCAAAACUGCUGCAGUUGCCACCAACUCCACUGGAAAUUAAUAGGGCUUAGUCUUGUGGAACCGGACUUUUACUCAGAGCUGGCUUCCCUCAAACCCUGGCCACUGCCCAUUCCUCGAGUCAUUUCAAAGGGACACUACUUUUGGCUCUAAAGGUAGACUUUGCUUUUUUAUUAAUACUAUUAUUUUUAAACCCAAGUAUUUACCAAACCUGCCAGAAAUAAAUAUAUGAGUGAUAUUUUUGCUUCAUAAAGCUGAUUGGGAUUCUUUUCUUUAUUGCUUAAACACUUUCAUCCUUAUACUGGUGCUAGAGGUUUCAAACUGAGCUUACACAACAGGUAAAAUUGAUAAAGGAGUUCUGUUGUCCUUACAUGUACAUCAAAACUUCCUUUUUAAUAAAGUAGACCUUAAAUUUCCCAUGGUUAGCACAGAGGAUCCUCUUUUUCCUCAGGUUUUAUGUAGAUGAUAUUACUUUAGGUGAAACUGCUGGUUCUCUGUCUCCAUUUUGCCAAAUGCUUGCUUGGGCCAGUCUAGGUUGAGAAUCUAAAGCUGUUCAAUAAAAUGUCUCUGCAUGUCAUUUCCACUCAUUUUUUAGCAGAAUGCAACACUGACAAAUGGUGAAUUCUAAAGUGAUACAGCUACUUUUGAGGCUAGCUGACCAUUAUUUCUGUCUCCAGGGAGAUCAGGAACAUCUAUCCCUUCUAGGGGUUUUAGGAAGUCAGGUGCCUCCUCAGACCUAACUGGUGGAAUAACAAAAACCUACCUUUGCUUUUGGUCACUGAAUCAUUGCCAAAAGGAGCUGCAGCUGGUCCUUGCCCACUGCCUCCUGCCUGGUCAUUGACCUUCUCAGAGACAGGAUGGGAUGCUCCCCUUUCCUGUCCUGUGAUACUGAUGGGAGCUAUGUGAAACUGCUUAAAAAGAGGAUUAUUUUCUACUGUUUGGAAAAAGCCCCAAAUACCUUGUGCCUGCCCAUUUUGUCCCUCAAAUCUCUCAGAGGAUGUUUGUGAUGGGAUCGUUGGUUUCUGGAAUUUUGUAUUUUGUGGAUCAGCCUUACUUUUAUUUGGUUUCUGGCAGCCAGGUACAACUUGAGCUCUGCUGCUGUUUUGGUCUGGCCCUGCAUUCUUUUUUUUUGUGUGCUCGUUGGGAAUUGAUUGUCUUCCCCGUCCCCAAAAUCCCCUGCCAAUUCCUAAAUUUAGUGUCUCCAUGUUCUGCAUGUAAUGGGAGCGUGGGAGCUGUUAUAACUAGUGCUGACCAAGAGUUGUUGAAGUCAAUAGAAAAAGACCCAGGGAAUUUCAGCUGGUAUUGGGUCAACCCCCUAGUGACUGGCUCAACAAAACUUCUCAUAACAUCGUAAAUUAAUCAAUGCCAAAAUGGGAGGAGCAGUAGCAGCUGCACUGAAGGAAACAUUCAGCUUCCAGGUGAUGUUUGCCAUUCCAGUUUUGCCCUCGUUCCUCCUUCCCCCCUCCCAGUUGUGGCAUUGCCUUCAUAUAUUCCUUUCUCGUAGAUGUGGAGAGUGGGUAAGUCUCAAACUACUUGUGAUGUGAUGGGAUUUGGGACCAACAUGCUGGGGACAGUAGCUGUCUGUUGCAUUUUUUAUAAUUAUUAUUUAAAUUAUCUGUUUAGUUCAUCUGAACCUUUUAAUUUUGCUGCUUACUGUGUGUAGGAUCCACCUGGCCUUCAUCCUAAAUUAAAAGAAAAAAAUGAAAACAAACUUAAGACACCUCCCUUCUCUCUGGUCUCUUACUAUUUAUUGGCAGGCAGCCGUCUUGUGCCUGCUCCAGCAGAUCUGCCCGCCACUAAUUUAACAUCCUCCCAACUCACAUUCUUGGUGUUUGGUUGUUGCCUUUUUUUUUUCCUUUUUGGUGUUGCUUUUUUUCCCAUUAUAAAACAGACUUCUGAAAUGUAAGAAAUCUUACUAUUAUGACACAAGUUCAUUUUCAUUAGGAAGGCCAAGUGAAACAUUUUAAGAGGUGGGGGGAACAAUCUAAAUUUUAUUUCUUAUUUAUUUAUCAUGUUUACAUCUUUUUUUUCUGUUUAAGACUUGGAUAUAAUAAAGAAAGCAUUAAAAUACUUCAAUCUUCUUUUUUUAGGCUAAUAAUAUUUUUUUUUGAUUCCUUAAAUAAAAGAUUCUGGGUUUUGUUGUUGUCUGUAUAAAAUGUAAAAAGAGAUAUGUUUCUAAAGAUGCAUUAUCAUUCCUCUGUGAACAGUAGGUGGAGUUCAGGACAAAUCUCAGAAUACAAGAUAAUAAUAAAAUCCCAUCCUGUUUUACUUAAUUGUUCCCCUCCUAUCCUGUAUGAUUAAAGGGUUAUUCCACUUUCUUGUUUGUGGUUACUUGAUGUUAAAACCAUAAUAAAAUGUGUAGAAAAUAGGUAUCCAAUUGUUUUUGCUCAGUGCGAGGAUAAACUGUUGUAUAUAUCUUGAUAUACUGUGUAGUUCAAAGUAACAUCAAUAAGGGAUAGUGCAUCUUUAUUAGAGCGAUGUUACUCGUGUCACUAAAGUCUACUUUAAGAUCCUCAGAUACAGAAAGGGCCUGAUUCUGAUUCCACUCUCCUGGGGCCAAAUUGAAAGCAUCAGUAGCAUUUUGCUGCUGCAAAGCGGGAGUCAGAGGUGGAAUCAAACCUCAGUGAUUAAUAGGCAACCAUGAGGAUUACUGAAGGUUUGGGGCACCAUUAUCUUUUUUUUUUUCUCAAAGUUUUAUAUCAUGGUUUUUCUUUUUUAUUGUUUGUCUGCAAUGAAAUAGUUUCUGCCAAGGAGGUUCUUAAAGAUGACUGCUGAAGUGGGACCUUUCUUUGCUCCUGGUGAUCUUGAUAUAGUUCCUUCAGUCCUGAAGAAUCUCAGCUCUGAGGCAUUCUCUCUGCUGUUGUCUCUUUUCUGUUCAUGUUAUUUUACUGAAUUACAGGCCUACACUAUUUGCACUAAAACAAAAAGCUUGUUAGAGAAAGCUUGCUGCUAUGAAAGAAAGAACAUAUUACAAUGGUUUUGCUUUUACAAUUUUAACUGAGUAGCAUUUUGUAGAAUAAAAUCAAUUUAGACUGAAAAGAAAAAAUGACUUUUCUUUUUUCCUCUGCACCUUCUUUCCCCCACACUCCUUUCUUUUCAUCCAGUUCCUUGGUUGGUAUGAUAUUCCCCUCUUCUCUUUUGGUGCUCAGUUGUAAUGAUUGGCUAUAUUGUUGACUAUGCUGCUGAGAGUUAUGACACUUGUAAAUCUCGUUUUAAUGACAUUGUGGACACUUUUGUAUAGCAAGAGCUAACUGGAGUUCUUCUCUCUGUUAAUUGAAGUCAUUAAAAAGCUCCCUUUGCCAUGAAAAAUUAAAA